AAUCUAAUGUAACUUAUACUCAUCCUCAGGUGUUUGGAAAAAGGAAUUGGCAGAUUAAAAAAAUGUCAUUGUGGAGAAGUAUGGCUUUAAAAUCCCCGGAUUUCGGGUCCACAGCAAAACUUUUAAACGUGCGAGGAUGUCAUCAUGAAACAUUUAGUCGGAAGGAAAUUUAUCAGAAAAAAAUUGGAAAUCGAGAAAUCGUAGGAUUUGGUUUAACUGGCGAACCUUCUUACAUCGAUUGGCAUUCUUUUCCAUUUCCAUCCAUAAGAUUCCGCAAAUUUGGCCCAGAAUUAAAGGCCUUGAGAGAAAAGGAAAAAGGAGAUUGGAGAACUCUCACAUCAGAUGAAAAAAAGUGUCUAUACCGUGCCAGUUUCUGCAGCACCUUUGCAGAAAUGGAUGCGCCAGACCCAGAAUGGAAAUCAGUCGCUGGUUGGACCAUGUUUAUGAUGUCCUUAGGUGUUUGGCUGUAUGUGUUUACUCAGCUGUUUGUAAGAAGAGAGGCACCAAAAACCUUCGAUAGAGAGCACAGAAUUGCUCAAUAUUAUAGAGCAGUGGCUAUUAACCACAAUCCUUUUGCGACCAAUAUUCGGCCACCUGGUGCAGAAAAAAGAGUCCACCCUAAGAACAAGGAAAUGCUGGAGGAAAUUAUGAAAAAAGAAGCCCGAAAAGAAGCUAGCAAAUAAAAAUACAAAUACAGACUACGUAUUCACGUGUUUUCUCUUUUUUGUUUCUUUAAUAACUUCUUCAGUUUAUGUAUAGAUAUCUGUAGAUAUUUCUUACA